AUGUCGGAACCUGACCCCUCAUCUGGAUUUGUAGGAAACAUGGAAAAUGGGACUUUCCUGGAGUUAUAUCCCACAUCCCUUUCAACUUCCGUGGAUUCAUCACCUGGCCGUUUAUCUAACGUCUAUGUCUACGUUUCUAUAUUCCUUAGUCUCUUAGCUUUUCUCCUUUUGCUAUUGAUCAUUGCACUUCAGAGGCUGAAAAAUAUAAUUUCUUCCAGUUCCUCUUACCCAGAAUAUAACAGUGAAGCUGGAAGUUCUUUCACUAAUUUAGAAGUCUGUAGUAUUUCUUCCCAGCGGUCUGCUCUUUCAAACCUUUCUUCAUGA